UAACUUCGCCUCUUUGCACGUCAUCUCACUCGUCUUAUAUAACUGAUGCAAAUUAACGCAGACCUCUUCGCAAAAUCGCAAAGACCGCCGAAAAUGGCGACCCGACCACAGAUCAUCAACACCGCACUCAAUUCCAGCAAUGGCACACCACAGAAAGCGCAACAGCCAACGAGCACACAGCAAGCCGGUCAGCAGAACUUCUCCAAGCCAACAAUGUCACCACAAAAACAAUCAAUGUCGACAUCGAGCUCUGGACACUUUCCGCCUCUCUCCAUCACCAUGGACUGGAUCAUUAAAGUCCUCGGGGUAGCCGCAGCACUAGUAUUCGGUAUCUGGGCACCAAUCUCAUACCAAGCAUCCGAAGCCAGCAACAGCGACACCGACACAAAGUUCAGCGCUCUAUCCAGCGAACUUUCCGCAUGGAAAACUUCUGCCGUCUCACUCCAGACCUCGGCUGCAUCCGAUUUGUCCCGUAUGAGUAAGAAGAUGGAUGCUGUUGCUACACUCAGCGUGUUUGAUUUCUGCCAGGGGAGGAGCUCGAUUUCAGCUUGCGUUUCGGUCACGAGGUCGGUGGAUGUGGAUGCUUUGGUUUCUUCGUUUGUUCCUCCGUCGGGGGUGGGGUCGCGAUCUUCGACUACAAACGCUGCAUCGCCUACUGCGAGUUCUGGAUCCGAUGCGCGCCCUCCCGAAGACUCGGGCGUGGGUGGAAGAGGUUCGCUUGCUCUACCUGCGAUUCUGGGGAUUGUAUUUGGGGUUGUGGUGUUUGUGGGGCUGUUGACUGGGUACAUUGUAUGGAGGCGAAGACAGAAGAGAAAACAGAGUUUGAUUUCAUAG